UCAAGUUUCGGAGUUCGGGUGGUAGGAAUCAAAUAGUUCUAUGUGUUUUGGAAGCAGUAUGUUCCGAACAUUUUACCAAUGAAACCCAUGUCAGACUUGUGCUGGACAUGCCAGAAAAACAGCAAUCUUUUAAUUAAAGCUGCAAAUCUGCCAUUAGAGUUGAAGACUGCUACUGUAAAAUAUGCUGAGGAACAUCUCUUCCGAGCCACCCAGGAGCGAUCACUCUAUACAAGUAAAGUGAAAAGCUGUAAAGAUGUCUUCACAAUGGAGGGCAUCACAGACCUGGAAGCUCCUGGAAAUGUCGUUGCUGAUUGUUCUCGCACAUUCGAGGCACACUACAGCUUUGAUUUUGCUCAACAGAUCCACUAUCCAUACAACCCCAUGCAGCCCGGACCAAUUUUUUUCAAAACCCCUAGGAAAAUUGGUGUUUUUGGGAUGAUGACAGAAGGACUGGCCAAAAUGGUACUCUUUCUUUUGGAUGAGGCAUCGUCAACAGGUAAAGGGGCAAACUGUGUCAUCAGCCUUUUGAAUUUCUUUUUCGAGAAUUAUGGAUUGAAAGAAACUGUGUGCCACUUACAUGCCGACAACUGUUCAGGCCAAAAUAAAAAUAAUGCAAUGAUGCAUUAUCUAGCUUGGCGGGUGAUUAUGGGAAAGCACAAGACGAUUACUUUGUCCUUCCUUCUUGCCGGCCAUACCAAGCUCGGCCCAGAUUGGUGUUUUGGACUGUUUAAGAAAAAACUAAAGUCAUCGAAAGUGGAUUGUUUAAAGGAUGUUGAAACUGUGGCCAAACAGUCAUCCCCAGCAGGCGUCAUUGUUCCACAGCUGUGCGGCGAUGAAGGUGGUCGAGUGUUUACUCCAAUGUACUCUUGGGACUCUUUCUUCUUUCCUGGCAUAUUUAGAAAAAUGCCUGCCAUAAAAUACAUACACCACGUGGAGUUUUACCCCGAUGGGAGAAUUUUGUGCAAAGACUUUGCUGAUAGUGAGACGGUGGAGCAUAACAUUUUAAAAGUUCAGCCAUCCGAAGUACCGCGUGAACUACCACCCCAAAUGUUUCCAUCUGGACUGUCUGUUGAUUGGAAAAACGAUCUGUUUAAGGAAAUUCGCCCUUUUGUGGCAGAACAAUUUCAGGAUCUAGUGUGCCCUAGACCUAGAACGGACAUGGAUGAUGUAUCUGAGGCAGUGCGUGGCCCUGGUCGUCCUCUCAAAAAAGCAAAGGGACUUGCUGCUAGGAAAUGAAUAUUCUGACACUCGAUGACUGCGAAAACUAUUCAUUUUAUUUUGUAUAUAUGUUUUAAGACAUAAUAUAGUGUUAAUAUAAAAUAAUUUUGCCAACCCUGUGUUAUAGUUAUUUUUAUAGCAAACAGAAUAAGCUUUCUUUUGGUAUAUUACAAUAUCUUGUAACAAUUCUGGAUUUUGAAAUAUGUGCUUUACAAGUUCAUCUAUCUUUAGCUCAUAAAUUCUCAAAAUGGCCGCUUUCGGAUCCUUGGAGAUAUGGGGUCUUUAAAAUGUAGUAUUUCUUUUAUUAUUAAAGGCAGAAUAAAAUCCUUUGGCCAGUACAUUUCUAAUAUAAUACUAAUGGGAAAAACAUAAAAAUAAUAGUUUUUAAUUCUUUAUACUUUGGCUGGGUUUUUGCAUAGACGGUCACAUAUAAUUUAAAAUUGGGACAAUGAAUUGUAUGGACUUUAUUACUGAGUAUUGGUAACUGUUAGAUUAAUCAACUGACAAAAUAUCAAAUAAUUCAGUUAUCUGAUUUGCAGGGUCAUUUUAAAUUUUCAAACGCUUGUAUCUCAAAAGUAGGAUUUUGUCACAUAUGAUAAAAUUGCUCUCAAGAGAUGAGAAUAGGAAGUAGAAUUCUUCUAUUAAACAAGAUACCUCGUUCAGUGCCUAGAGUCAAAGAGAAUAGAGAUGAUGUUGCAGAAAUGACAAAAAUUAUUUUCUGUCUGGGGGGGGGGGGGAAUUCAUUAUUCCAUGAAUGAAAACAAAGAAAAGUUUGACAGUGGAAUGAACUAAAACAGCUAAUGACCUCAGCUUCUUUCUCAAGUACAGCACUGAUACGCAGAAUGUAAACAAAGAGUAGGUUUGCUACUGGUGGAAAGACUGGGGAAACUAUAUUGAUGAACAACUGAUAUUAAAGAAAUUUAACUUGGGACCAGAACGUCACGAUUCUAGCAGCAGUUCUGAAAAUGAAUCACCUGUCCAGUCAACUUCGAGUAAAAUACCUGUAAAUAGUAAACAACGACCGACCAGAGUGAGAUGUGGGCCUGCGCAAUUGUACCAGCGAUACCACCUCUGGAAUGGAAUAAACAAGUUGAUAGUUUUGUGGAACCGGUUUUCAACCCAAACAAAACACCGGGCCCCCAGAACAUUCCAGUGAACAUAAAUAAAGAUAGUAAGCCUGUUGAUUUGAACCAAGUGGACCCUUUUUCUAUUUUGUUUUACACCAUCAGAAACUAUACAUGUAUGUAUAAACCUGUAUGUUUUAAUUCUGAAAGUAGACCAUUUGCUUCAGUGG